AUGACCGAGGUCGAACACGCGCCCGUGGACGUGAGCCCGACGCAAGACGGCGGCGUCUUGAAGACGAUAAUCACUCCAGCCGCGGACGACGCUCGAACGCCCGAGACGGGCGACGAGGUCCGCGUGCACUACACCGGAACCCUGCUCGACGGCACGAAGUUCGACAGCUCUCGUGACCGCGACGAUGCGUUCACGUUCACGCUCGGAAAGCAUCAAGUGAUCAACGCCUGGGACGUCGGCGUGGCGACGAUGAAGAUUGGCGAACGGGCGAAAUUUGAGUGUCGGGCGGAUUACGCGUACGGUGAUCGAGGCUCGCCGCCGACGAUCCCAGCGAACGCGACGUUGGUGUUCGAUGUUGAAUUGUUGUCGUUUGAUUCCCAUCGAGAUUUGUGUAAGGAUGGUGGGGUGAUGAAGGAGGACGUGACGACGGCGACCGGGUUCGCCACGCCGAAGGGACGGGACGAGGUGACGGUGACGUACGACGUGAAGACGCGCGAUGGAGAGAGUGAGAUCGCGGCUGAGCAGAGCAUGACGUGCGGUAUCGAUCAGUUGCCGUGUAAGGGGAUGCAGGUGGCGGUAAAGAAGAUGAAGGCUGGGGAAAAAGUUCGAUUGACCAUGACGUCUGAGUACGCCGCCGGUUUGCCGGGCGCGGCGUCCGCGGACGGCGCCGUGGUGACUUUUUCCCUCGACGUGAUUCAUACCGUCGAGGACGUCACCGGCGUCGAUGGCGCGGUGAAAAAGAUUUUGGUCGACGGCGAGGGAUACGAGAAGCCGAACGACGGGGCGCAGUGCGAGAUCGAAUACGAGAAACGCGCGUCGAAGGGCGGCGAGGUUGAGGAGACCAAAUCCCUCCAAGUCGUCAUCGGCGACGAGCACAUUUCGGACGAACUCGAGAGUGCGAUCAUGAUGAUGAAGCUCAAAGAGAAGGCCCUCGUCACCAUGGCCGACGGUACGGAGUACACGGUGACGCUGGCUAAGAUGGAACGCGCCAAGGAACAGUAUGCGAUGAACGCCGCCGAAAAGCUUGAAGCCGCGGAGAAGUACAAGGCUAGCGGUAACGACGCGUACAAGAACAGCAAGUUCGCUCGCGCGACGAAGAAAUACGCCGCCGCGCUCAAGUUCGUCGAGUACGACACGAACUUUUCCGACGAGGAGAAGCAAGUGAGCAAAAAGCUCAAGCUGAGCCUCAACUUGAACUCAGCCGCCGUUGCAAUCAAGACCAAGUCCUGGUCGAGCGCUCGCAAGUCCAGCGAGAAGGCGCUCGAGCUUGAAUCGGGUAAUGAGAAGGCGCUCUAUAGACUCGCCCAGGCGUCGAUGGAGUUGGACGAGUACGAUGAGUCUCGUCGUUGCUUGAAGAAAAUUUUGGAGGUGGACGAAGCUCACGCCGAGGCGCAGCGCAUGAUGAAUCGUCUCAAGGCUCUGGAAGCUCGUCAAGCCAAGAAGGAUGCCAGAAUCUUCGGUGGUAUGUUCAACAAGAUGGAUCUGUACGACGACGUAAAGGUUGAUGCGAAGACGGAGGCCGAAAAGGAGGAGACGUUCGUCACGGAGAUGGAGGAGCAGGCGAAAACGGAAGCUCCGCCGAUGGACCAGCCGCUGGCUCCGGACGCGGGCGAGCCGAUGUCGUUGCAGCACGCUUAA